UUUAAAUCAGAACGGUUACGGGAAUCGAGAAGCGACGGAGCGACGUCACCGCCGCCGAUCGUCACCGUUAACAAAAAGUGUCAACCGAGUGCUGGCAGCGCUUCAAUUCAGCGUGCGCCGCUUAACGGUAACGGUCCUGCGACGCGAUCGCUCAGCCUUCUACAAAUUCGGGAUUUUUUUUGUCUAACCAAAAAACGCAAAAACACGAAACGCAACGAAAACUAACGGUUCUACUGAGUGUUUUUUUUUUACAACAAUUUUUAAUCGUAGUGCGACAACCCGACGAGCAUGUCGCCGAAUCGAUGGAUUCUGCUGCUCAUCUUCUACAUAUCCUAUCUGAUGUUCGGGGCGGCCAUCUAUUAUCAUAUUGAACACGGCGAGGAGAAGAUAUCGCGAGCCGAAGAGCGCAAGGAGCAAGUUGAUAUCAACGCCUUUCUGCUGGAAGAGCUAUCCGACAAGAACAGUAGCACACAGAACGAGAUUCUUGAAAGGAUCUCGGAUUAUUGUGGCAAGCCAGUGACCCUGCCGCCGGCACACGAUGAUACGCCCUACACGUGGACCUUCUACCAUGCCUUCUUCUUUGCCUUCACCGUCUGCUCAACAGUGGGAUAUGGCAACAUAUCGCCAACCACCUUUGCCGGACGGAUGAUCAUGAUUGCGUACUCGGUGAUUGGAAUCCCUGUCAAUGGAAUCCUCUUUGCCGGUUUGGGUGAAUACUUUGGACGUACGUUUGAAGCUAUAUACAGGCGUUACAAGAAGUACAAGAUGUCCACGGACAUGCAUUAUGUUCCACCACAACUGGGACUAAUAACCACGGUGGUGAUCGCCCUGAUACCAGGAAUAGCUCUCUUUCUCCUCCUCCCCUCGUGGGUGUUCACCUACUUUGAGGACUGGCCCUAUUCCAUUUCACUGUAUUACAGCUAUGUGACCACGACCACUAUCGGUUUUGGUGACUAUGUGCCUACCUUUGGAGCCAACCAGCCUAAGGAGUUUGGCGGCUGGUUCGUGGUCUACCAGAUCUUUGUGAUCGUUUGGUUUAUUUUCUCCUUGGGCUACCUGGUCAUGAUAAUGACAUUCAUCACUCGGGGACUCCAGAGCAAGAAACUGGCGUACUUGGAGCAGCAGUUGUCCUCCAAUUUGAAGGCCACUCAAAAUCGUAUCUGGACUGGUGUCACCAAGGAUGUGGGCUACCUUAGGCGUAUGCUCAACGAGCUCUAUAUCCUCAAAGUGAAGCCCGUGUAUACCGACAUAGAUAUCGCCUAUACACUGCCACGAUCCAAUUCGUGCCCGGAUUUGAGCAUGUACCGCGUGGAACCGGCACCCAUUCCCAGCCGAAAGAGAGCCUUCUCCGUCUGUGCCGACCUGGUUGCUGCACAAAAGGAAGCUGGCAUGGUGCACGCCAAUUCCGAUACCGAGCUAAGCAAACUGGAUCGCGAGAAGACCUUCGAGACGGCGGAGGCGUACCGCCAGACCACCGAUCUGCUGGCCAAGGUAGUCAGUGCUUUGGCUACGGUAAAACCACCGCCGGCAGAGCAAGAGGAUGCUGCCCUCUACGGGGGCUAUCAUGGCUUCUCCGACUCACAAAUUCUGGCUAGCGAAUGGUCCUUCUCGACAGUUAAUGAGUUCACCACUCCGCGACGACCUCGAGCCCGGGCAUGCUCUGAUUUCAACUUGGAAGCUCCUCGCUGGCAGAGUGAGAGACCACUUCGUGCCAGCCACAAUGAAUGGACUUGGAGCGGCGACAAUCAACAGAUCCAGGAGGCUUUCAACCAACGCUACAAGGGCCAGCAGCGACCCAAUGGAGCAGCCAACUCUACCAUGGUUCAUCUGGAGCCAGAUGCCCUGGAGGAGCAGCUCAAGAAACCAUCGCCAGGUGCGGGUCGCGUCAAGAAGUUCUCCAUGCCGGAUGGCCUGCGUCGUCUGUUUCCGUUCCAGAAGAAGCGACCUUCGCAGGAUCUGGAACGAAAGUUGUCCGUGGUGUCCGUGCCCGAGGGUGUCAUAUCGCAGCAGGCCAGAUCUCAGCUGGACUACUACAGCAAUACAAUCACAGCAACUUCAAGUCAAUUGCAUAUACGCAACGGUCGUGGUCCUCCACCGCCCUUCGAAUCCAACGGCAGUUUGGCCAGCGCCGGCGGCGGCCUGACCAAUUUGGGCUUCCAGCUGGAGGAUGGGGCAACUCCACCAUCGGCUUUGGGCGGCGGAGCCUAUCAACGCAGGGCGGUGGCCGGAAAACGGCGACGCGAAAGUCUCUACACCCAGAAUCCAGAGCCAUCCGCUCGCCGGGGUAGCAUGUAUCCACCGACCGCUCAAGCCCUGGCCCAGAUGCAGAUGCGUCGCGGCAGCCUGGCCACCAAUGGCUCUGGAUCCGCGGCCAUGGCAGCAGUGGCCGCUCGUCGCGGUAGCCUUUUCCCGGCUACAGCAUCGGAAUCCUCGAUGGUCUCGGCACCGCGUCGCAGCAGCAUAUUCUCGGUUACCUCCGACAAGGAUAUGAAUGUGCUGGAGCAGACCACCAUCGCAGAUUUGAUCCGCGCUUUGGAGGUGGUCCACACCCAUGCCGUGCUGGAUGAACAGCAACAGGCGGCAGCGGCUGGAGGAGCAGCCGGUGGAGGAGGAGCAUUAAAGGGUAGCCGAAAGCAGCGCAAGAUGGGCAAUGCUGGACUGGAUCCACCACAGCUACCGCCUAUCCUGUCACUUUUUGCUGGCGAUCAAACAAGGACACUGCAGGCGGCAGCAGCCAAUCGUCUGUAUGCCCGUCGGUCCACCAUUGUAGGUAUAUCGCCGACAGGUGGAUCUUCCGGACCGACAGCAAGAUCCCUCCUGGAGCCACCACCCAGCUACACCGAAAGAGCCGGAAGUCAGAGCCAGCUGACAGCUGCAAACCCCGUUACCGGACCACCGAUUGCCCCAACUGGUCAGAGCAAGUUCCGUCGUCGUUUCAGCGUUAGACCAACAGCUCUACAGAUUCCACCUGGUCAGGCGCCGCCGCCAGGUGCCAGUUUAAUUGAGCAUUCCUCGCAGACUGCUCUGCAAAGACGCCUCUCGCUGCGCCCUUCGCCACUGGCUCGCGAAUUGUCACCAACCUCACCGCCAGGUGGAAGUGCCUCUGGUGCAGGAGCCACCGAUGAGUCCGGAGGAACGUCCGCCCAACGGCUGCUACCACUGCCCGCCGGAACGAGACCCAGCACUAGCAGCACCCACUCACCGCUCUCGAGGAUCGUACAGAUCUCGCAGGCACAGCGCAAGAGCAGCAUGCCGGCUGCGGGAUCAAGUGCCGGUGGAACGAGUGGAGCCAGCAGUGAGAAGUAGUUAGUUUCAUACUCCGUUAGAUGUAUUGCCAACUCGUUUAUGUCCAUGUCCAACGGGAUUGCUUCACCAUCUUUUUUUUUUAUCCCACUUAGUUGAUAAGGCUGCCAAAAGUCCUUAGUUGUUAUGCUAAUGUUAUCCGUAACCUAUUUACAUACGUAUAUCCAGUUAUCCUAGUGUUAUGUAUUUCUAAAAUUAUCUCUCUAUUGUUAUUCUGUAUUUAUACCAAUCUAUAUCCUAAUCUAUCUAAAUAUUCCUCCAUGUAUAUUGCUAAGAAGGGGCUUAUAUGAACAAAACCAUUCGCGUGUUUUCAAGCAUUCAAUUGGGACAGAAAAAGAGUCUCCAUUCGAAUGUAGUUUCAUUUAGCUCUUAGAGUGACUUCAUUCCAUAAUCAUUCCACAUGCUGUUAUACAAUAAAGAUAAUCUGCAAAAAUA